AUGUUAAUCGAGGCGGGAGACGUACUAUUGGCACAAGUGAAGCACCUGUGGACGAUCGCAAACUUCUCGAAAGUCUAUCGCGAGUCCAAGUAUAUCUAUUUGCCGUCAUUUGCAGUGACGCUGAACAGCGCCGAAUGGAGGUUUGCAUUGCUCAUGAGGCAGCACAACAGGGGCAAACAACAGUACGUUAACGUCUUCAUCGUUCGUGUGACAGACGGGAACGCGGAACGCGAUAACGAAUUGAACGUCGACAUUGAGUUCGCUGUGCUCGGCGACCGCGAUCAAGUGGUUUACGAGCACAAAGUCGCGCAAAACUAUUCGGGUAGCAGGGUCCUGGUGGAUUUGGCAAUCGAGGAGGCGAUAAUAUUCGCGAACGAGCGACGCCUCCGUAAGAACGAGCUGAGGCUCGUUUGGACGAUCACGAGCGACGGCUACGCGGCCGCGGCGACUCGAGCGAGAGCCGAUUGGAACGGUCGGAUCGCGAGGCUGCGCGAGUUCGAUCAGUUCGGCCAGCUGUUGAACAGCGAGCAAUUCAGCGACGUCACCCUGCGCGUCGACGGCGCAGACAUACGCGCGCACAAGAACAUCCUGGCCUGCCGAAGUCCUGUGUUCAGAGCGAUGUUCACUCACCCGAUGAAAGAGGCGCGAUCCAAUCAAGUUCAAAUUACGGACGUCGACUACGGGACCAUGCGCGAAUUGUUGCGCUACAUUUACACGGGCGAGCUUGGCGGCGACAGGGACGACGGCGACGACGCGUUCACCAAGUACUCGAGCGUGCUGAUGGCGGCCGUCAAGUAUUGCGUGCAGAGCUUGAAAGCAAGGUGCGAACGGAAGCUCUCGCUGGUCUUGAGCGCUGACAACGUGCUCGACUGUCUCGUCUUAGCCGAUAUGCACGACGCCGUCGAUUUGAAGAGAAAAGCUAUCGACUUUAUCGUUGCAAAGGCCGAGCAAAUCGUCGGCUUGCCGUCGUACGAGGAUUUCAUUGCAUUGCACGCUGAUGUUUCCAUCGACGUCAAGCGUGCCCUAGACGCUAAGAAGCGAAGAAUUAAUUGA